AUGGUCUCCAAAGCUUUGCAGAGAAUCAAAGCUUUUUCCAAAUCUACGUCUGGUUUUCUCAUUAUCCAGAAUGCUGCAAACAAUUCUGUCUUUAAUGAGAGAGUCCAUCAGUUCUGCAAACUUGCAUGUUUUGCUGCAGUUUCUCAAUUCUGUAACAAAUUGAACAAUUGUUUCACCAGCUCUCUGCAUACAGCUACAAUAGGGCCUACUAUAACUCCUCCUGCUACUACAACUUCAUCAGCAUUACCAACCACUUCAGAGACAACAACGCCAGCUUCAACAACACAGAACUUGACUACAGGUAUAACAAUUGAAUCAAGUACACUGAUAACAACUGCUCCAAGCUCCACACCAGAGCUCUCAACAACAGGGCCUAUUACAACUCCUGCUCCUUCUACUACAACUUCAACAGCAUUACCAGCCACUUCAGAGCCAACAGGCACAUCAACACCAGCCUCAACAACACAGAGCUCGACUACAGAUCUAACAAGUGGAUCAAGUACACUGAUAACAACUGCUCCAAGCUCCACACCAGAGCUCUAUAUUAAGUGUUUGUGCUUGAAUGCAGCAACAACAGGGCCUAUUACACUUCCUCCUCCUACUACUACAACUUCAACAGCAUUACCAGCCACUUCAGAGACAACAAGCACGUCAACACCAGUCUCAACAACACAGAGCUUGACCACAGACCUAACAAGUGGAUCAAGUACACUGAUAACAACUGCUCCAAGCUCCACACCAGAGCUCUCUACAACAGGGCCUAUUACACCUCCUCCUGCUAUCACAACUUCUACAACAUUACCAACUAUUUCAGAGACAACAACUACAUCUACACCAGCCUCAGUAACACAGAGCUUGACUGCACAACUAACAAGUGAAUCAACUACAUUGCAAACAACUGUUACCAGCUUCACACUGGAGUUCUACGUUAAGUGUUUGUGCUUGAAUGCAACAACAGGGCCUAUUACACCUACUCCUCCUCCUACUACAACUUCAACAACAUUACCAAGCACUUCAGAGCCAACAGGCACAUCAACACCAGCCUCAAGAACACAGAGCCCGACUACAGAUCUAACAAAUGAAUCAAGUACGUUGAAAACAACUGCUCCAAGCUCCACACCAGAGCUCUUUGCAGUGACUCCUUUACCAGAAUUAGUCUCCACUACACCUACCAUUAACACUCUGAUCAAUGAGAAAUACAAUGCACAUUGUCGUGGACAGAGCCUUGGGUACUUACAGAGCUCUGGUGUGGAGCUUGGAGCAGUUGUUAUCAGUGUACUUGAUCCACUUGUUAGGUCUGUGGUCAAGCUCUGUGUUGUUGAGACUGGUGUAGAUGUGCUUGUUGUCUCUGAAGUGCUUGCUACAACAGAGCCUAUUACAACUCCUCCUGCUACCACAACUCCAACAAUAUUACCAAGCACUUCAGAGACAACAAGCACAUCUACACCAGUCUCAACAACACAGAGCUUGACCACAGACCUAACAAGUGGAUCAAGUACACUGAUAACAACUGCUCCAAGCUCCACACCAGAGCUCUCUACAGCAGAGACUAUUACAACUCCUCCUGCUACCACAACUCCAACAACAUUACCAAGCACUUCAGAGACAACAAGCACAUCUACACCAGUCUCAACAACACAGAGCUUGACCACAGACCUAACAAGUGGAUCAAGUACACUGAUAACAACUGCUCCAAGCUCCACACCAGAGCUCUCUACAACAGAGCCUAUUACAACUCCUCCUGCUACCACAACUCCAACAACAUUACCAAGCACUUCAGAGACAACAAGCACAUCUACACCAGUCUCAACAACACAGAGCUUGACCACAGACCUAACAAGUGGAUCAAGUACACUGAUAACAACUGCUCCAAGCUCCACACCAGAGCUCUCUACAGCAGAGACUACUACAACUCCAACAACAUUACCAAGCACUUCAGAGACAACAAGCACAUCCACACCAGUCUCAACAACACAGAGCUUGACCACAGACCUAACAAGUGGAUCAAGUACACUGAUAACAACUGCUCCAAGCUCCACACCAGAGCUCUCUACAGCAGAGACUAUUACAACUCCUCCUGCUACCACAACUCCAACAACAUUACCAAGCACUUCAGAAACAACAAGCACAUCUGCACCAGUCUCAACAACACAGAGCUUGACCACAGACCUAACAAGUGGAUCAAGUACACUGAUAACAACUGCUCCAAGCUCCACACCAGAGCCCUCUACAACAGAGCCUAUUACAACUCCUCCUGCUACCACAACUCCAACAACGUUACCAAGCACUUCAGAGACAGCAAGCACAUCUACACCAGUCUCAACAACACAGAGCUUGACCACAGACCUAACAAGUGGAUCAAGUACACCGAUAACAACUGCUCCAAGCUCCACACCAGAGCUCUCUACAACAGAGCCUAUUACGACUCCUCCUGCUACCACAACUCCAACAACAUUACCAAGCACUUCAGAGACAACAAGCACAUCUACACCAGUCUCAACAACACAGAGCUUGACCACAGACCUAACAAGUGGAUCAAAAUUUUUAUCGUAUUUGCCACUUCGCCUGAACGAGUCCCAUCACCAGCCUCGCUACCGUGCAUUCGGGCAGCUGAACGUGGCCACCAGUGAGCAGAGCGGUCUAGAACCUUUAAAAGGACUGUGGCAGUACUCCAUGCUCCAAAGAAUUAGAACAUCUGAAACCCAAAGGCUAGCAUGGUCGAGUUUGUACCGUGACCGCAUGAAGAAGGAACGAAGAUAUUUGUUUAAUUAUUUCUUCAAUCCUAUGUGCCUGUGUUUGAUUGCAGCUACAACAGUUCCUAUUACAACUCCUCCUGCUACCACAACUCCAACAACAUUACCAAGCACUUCAGAGACAACAAGCACAUCUACACCAGUCUCAACAACACAGAGCUUGACCACAGACCUAACAAGUGGAUCAAGUACACUGAUAACAACUGCUCCAAGCUCCACACCAGAGCUUUCUACAACAGAGACUAUUACGACUCCUCCUGCUACCACAACUCCAACAACAUUACCAAGCACUUCAGAGACAACAAGCACAUCUACACCAGUCUCAACAACACAGAACUUGACCACAGACCUAACAAGCGGAUCAAGUACACUGAUAACAACUGCUCCAAGCUCCACACCAGAGCUCUCUACAACAGAGCCUAUUACAACUCCUCCUGCUACCACAACUCCAACAACAUUACCAAGCACUUCAGAGACAACAAGCACAUCUGCACCAGUCUCAACAACACAGAGCUUGACCACAGACCUAACAAGUGGAUCAGGUACACUGAUAACAACUGCCCCAAGCUCCACACCAGAGCUCUCUAUAACAGAGCCUAUUACAACUCCUCCUGCUACCACAACUCCAACAACAUUACCAAGCACUUCAGAGACAACAAGCACAUCUACACCAGUCUCAACAACACAGAGCUUGACCACAGACCUAACAAGUGGAUCAAGUACACUGAUAACAACUGCUCCAAGCUCCACACCAGAGCUCUCUACAACAGAGCCUAUUACAACUCCUCCUGCUACCACAACUCCACCAACAUUACCAAGCACUUCAGAGACAACAAGCACAUCUACACCAGUCUCAACAACACAGAGCUUGACCACAGACCUAACAAGUGGAUCAAGUACACUGAUAACAACUGCUCCAAGCUCCACACCAGAGCUCUCUACAACAGAGCCUAUUACAACUCCUCCUGCUACCACAACUCCAACAACAUUACCAAGCACUUCAGAGACAACAAGCACAUCUGCACCAGUCUCAACAACACAGAGCUUGACCACAGACCUAACAAGUGGAUCAAGUACACUGAUAACAACUGCUCCAAGCUCCACACCAGAGCUCUCUACAACAGAGCCUAUUACAACUCCUCCUGCUACCACAACUCCAACAACAUUACCAAGCACUUCAGAGACAACAAGCACAUCUACACCAGUCUCAACAACACAGAGCUUGACCACAGACCUAACAAGUGGAUCAAGUACACUGAUAACAACUGCUCCAAGCUCCACACCAGAGCUCUCUACAACAGAGCCUAUUACAACUCCUCCUGCUACCACAACUCCAACAACGUUACCAAGCACUUCAGAGACAACAAGCGCAUCUACACCAGUCUCAACAACACAGAGCUUGACCACAGACCUAACAAGUGGAUCAAGUACACUGAUAACAACUGCUCCAAGCUCCACACCAGAGCUCUCUACAACAGAGUCUAUUACAACUCCUCCUGCUACCACAACUCCAACAACGUUACCAAGCACUUCAGAGACAACAAGCGCAUCUACACCAGUCUCAACAAUACAGAGCUUGACCACAGACCUAACAAGUGGAUCAAGUACACUGAUAACAACUGCUCCAAGCUCCACACCAGAGCUCUCUACAACAGAGCCUAUUACAACUCCUCCUGCUACCACAACUCCAACAACGUUACCAAGCACUUCAGAGACAACAAGCGCAUCUACACCAGUCUCAACAACACAGAGCUUGACCACAGACCUAACAAGUGGAUCAAGUACACUGAUAACAACUGCUCCAAGCUCCACACCAGAGCUCUCUACAACAGAGCCUAUUACAACUCCUCCUGCUACCACAACUCCAACAACGUUACCAAGCACUUCAGAGACAACAAGCGCAUCUACACCAGUCUCAACAACACAGAGCUUGACCACAGACCUAACAAGUGGAUCAAGUACACUGAUAACAACUGCUCCAAGCUCCACACCAGAGCUCUCUACAACAGAGCCUAUUACAACUCCUCCUGCUACCACAACUCCAACAACGUUACCAAGCACUUCAGAGACAACAAGCGCAUCUACACCAGUCUCAACAAUACAGAGCUUGACCACAGACCUAACAAGUGGAUCAAGUACACUGAUAACAACUGCUCCAAGCUCCACACCAGAGCUCUCUACAACAGAGCCUAUUACAACUCCUCCUGCUACCACAACUCCAACAACGUUACCAAGCACUUCAGAGACAACAAGCGCAUCUACACCAGUCUCAACAACACAGAGCUUGACCACAGACCUAACAAGUGGAUCAAGUACACUGAUAACAACUGCUCCAAGCUCCACACCAGAGCUCUCUACAACAGAGCCUAUUACAACUCCUCCUGCUACCACAACUCCAACAACGUUACCAAGCACUUCAGAGACAACAAGCGCAUCUACACCAGUCUCAACAAUACAGAGCUUGACCACAGACCUAACAAGUGGAUCAAGUACACUGAUAACAACUGCUCCAAGCUCCACACCAGAGCUCUCUACAACAGAGCCUAUUACAACUCCUCCUGCUACCACAACUCCAACAACGUUACCAAGCACUUCAGAGACAACAAGCACAUCUACACCAGUCUCAACAACACAGAGCUUGACCACAGACCUAACAAGUGGAUCAAGUACACUGAUAACAACUGCUCCAAGCUCCACACCAGAGCUCUCUACAACAGAGCCUAUUACAACUCCUCCUGCUACCACAACUCCAACAACGUUACCAAGCACUUCAGAGACAACAAGCGCAUCUACACCAGUCUCAACAAUACAGAGCUUGACCACAGACCUAACAAGUGGAUCAAGUACACUGAUAACAACUGCUCCAAGCUCCACACCAGAGCUCUCUACAACAGAGCCUAUUACAACUCCUCCUGCUACCACAACUCCAACAACGUUACCAAGCACUUCAGAGACAACAAGCGCAUCUACACCAGUCUCAACAAUACAGAGCUUGACCACAGACCUAACAAGUGGAUCAAGUACACUGAUAACAACUGCUCCAAGCUCCACACCAGAGCUCUCUACAACAGAGCCUAUUACAACUCCUCCUGCUACCACAACUCCAACAACGUUACCAAGCACUUCAGAGACAACAAGCGCAUCUACACCAGUCUCAACAACACAGAGCUUGACCACAGACCUAACAAGUGGAUCAAGUACACUGAUAACAACUGCUCCAAGCUCCACACCAGAGCUCUCUACAACAGAGCCUAUUACAACUCCUCCUGCUACCACAACUCCAACAACGUUACCAAGCACUUCAGAGACAACAAGCGCAUCUACACCAGUCUCAACAACACAGAGCUUGACCACAGACCUAACAAGUGGAUCAAGUACACUGAUAACAACUGCUCCAAGCUCCACACCAGAGCUCUCUACAACAGAGCCUAUCACAACUCCUCCUGCUACCACAACUCCAACAACGUUACCAAGCACUUCAGAGACAACAAGCGCAUCUACACCAGUCUCAACAACACAGAGCUUGACCACAGACCUAACAAGUGGAUCAAGUACACUGAUAACAACUGCUCCAAGCUCCACACCAGAGCUCUCUACAACAGAGCCUAUUACAACUCCUCCUGCUACCACAACUCCAACAACGUUACCAAGCACUUCAGAGACAACAAGCGCAUCUACACCAGUCUCAACAACACAGAGCUUGACCACAGACCUAACAAGUGGAUCAAGUACACUGAUAACAACUGCUCCAAGCUCCACACCAGAGCUCUCUACAACAGAGCCUAUUACAACUCCUCCUGCUACCACAACUCCAACAACGUUACCAAGCACUUCAGAGACAACAAGCGCAUCUACACCAGUCUCAACAACACAGAGCUUGACCACAGACCUAACAAGUGGAUCAAGUACACUGAUAACAACUGCUCCAAGCUCCACACCAGAGCUCUCUACAACAGAGCCUAUCACAACUCCUCCUGCUACCACAACUCCAACAACGUUACCAAGCACUUCAGAGACAACAAGCGCAUCUACACCAGUCUCAACAACACAGAGCUUGACCACAGACCUAACAAGUGGAUCAAGUACACUGAUAACAACUGCUCCAAGCUCCACACCAGAGCUCUCUACAACAGAGCCUAUUACAACUCCUCCUGCUACCACAACUCCAACAACGUUACCAAGCACUUCAGAGACAACAAGCGCAUCUACACCAGUCUCAACAACACAGAGCUUGACCACAGACCUAACAAGUGGAUCAAGUACACUGAUAACAACUGCUCCAAGCUCCACACCAGAGCUCUCUACAACAGAGCCUAUCACAACUCCUCCUGCUACCACAACUCCAACAACGUUACCAAGCACUUCAGAGACAACAAGCGCAUCUACACCAGUCUCAACAACACAGAGCUUGACCACAGACCUAACAAGUGGAUCAAGUACACUGAUAACAACUGCUCCAAGCUCCACACCAGAGCUCUCUACAACAGAGCCUAUCACAACUCCUCCUGCUACCACAACUCCAACAACGUUACCAAGCACUUCAGAGACAACAAGCGCAUCUACACCAGUCUCAACAACACAGAGCUUGACCACAGACCUAACAAGUGGAUCAAGUACACUGAUAACAACUGCUCCAAGCUCCACACCAGAGCUCUCUACAACAGAGCCUAUUACAACUCCUCCUGCUACCACAACUCCAACAACGUUACCAAGCACUUCAGAGACAACAAGCGCAUCUACACCAGUCUCAACAACACAGAGCUUGACCACAGACCUAACAAGUGGAUCAAGUACACUGAUAACAACUGCUCCAAGCUCCACACCAGAGCUCUCUACAACAGAGCCUAUUACAACUCCUCCUGCUACCACAACUCCAACAACAUUACCAAGCACUUCAGAGACAACAAGCAUAUCUACACCAGUCUCAACAACACAGAGCUUGACCACAGACCUAACAAGUGGAUCAAGUACACUGAUAACAACUGCCCCAAGCUCCACACCAGAUAUCUACAUCGAUGAAUGUGCAACCAACACAUCAAACUGUCAGCAAACCUGCAACAACACAAUCGGAAGCUUUGUGUGCAGUUGUAAUCGAGGCUUCAGCAUCAACGUCACUGAUAAUUCACUUUGUGAUGGUGAGACAUCGAUGAAUGUGCAACCAACACAUCUGACUGUCAGCAAACCUGCAACAACACAAUCGGAAGCUUCGUGUGUGAUUACAUCGACGAAUGUGCAACCAACACAUCAAACUGUCAACAAAUCUGCAACAACACAAUCGGAAGCUUUGUGUGCAGUUGUAAUCCAGGCUACAGCAUCAAUGUCAACAAUACUUCACUUUGUGAUGACAUCGAUGAAUGUGCAACCAACACAUCAAACUGUCAGCAAAUUUGCAACAACACAAUCGGAAGCUUUGUGUGUGAUUGUAAUCCAGGCUUCAGCAUCAACAUCACUAAUACUUCUCUUUGUGAUGACAUCGAUGAAUGUGCAACCAACACAUCAAACUGUCAGCAAACCUGCAACAACACAAUCGGAAGCUUUGUGUGUGAUUGCAAUACAGGUUUCAGCAUCAACGUCACCGAUAAUUCACUUUGUGACGACAUUGACGAAUGUGCAACCAACACAUCAAACUGUCAGCAAUCCUGCAACAACACAAUCGGAAGCUUUGUGUGCGGUUGCAAUCCAGGCUUCAGCCUCAACGUCACCGAUAAUUCCCUUUGUGAUGACAUUGAUGAAUGUGCAACCAACACAUCAGACUGUCAGCAAAUCUGCAACAACACAAUCGGAAGCUUUGUGUGCCGUUGUAAUCCAGGUUUCAGCAUCAAUGUCAACAAUACUUCACUUUGUGAUGACAUCGAUGAAUGUGCAACCAACACAUCAAACUGUCAGCAAAUUUGCAACAACACAAUUGGAAGCUUUGUGUGUGAUUGUAAUCCAGGCUUCAGCAUCAACAUCACUAAUACUUCUCUUUGUGAUGACAUCGAUGAAUGUGCAACCAACACAUCAAACUGUCAACAAAUCUGCAACAACACAAUCGGAAGCUUUGUGUGCGGUUGCAAUCCAGGUUUCAGCAUCAAUGUCAACAAUACAUCACUUUGUGAUGACAUCGAUGAAUGUGCAACCAACACAUCAAACUGUCAGCAAACCUGCAACAACACAAUCGGAAGCUUUGUGUGUGAUUGUAAUCCAGGCUUCAGCAUCAGCAUCACUAAUACUUCUCUUUGUGAUGACAUUGACGAAUGUGCAACCAACACAUCAAGCUGUCAACAAAUCUGCAACAACACAAUCGGAAGCUUUGUGUGCGGUUGCAAUCCAGGUUUCAGCAUCAAUGUCAACAAUACUUCACUUUGUGAUGACAUCGACGAAUGUGCAACCAACACAUCAAGCUGUCAACAAAUCUGCAACAACACAAUCGGAAGCUUUGUGUGCGGUUGCAAUCCAGGUUUCAGCAUCAAUGUCAACAAUACUUCACUUUGUGAUGACAUCGAUGAAUGUGCAACCAACACAUCAAACUGUCAGCAAAUUUGCAACAACACAAUUGGAAGCUUUGUGUGUGAUUGUAAUCCAGGCUUCAGCAUCAACAUCACUAAUACUUCUCUUUGUGAUGACAUCGAUGAAUGUGCAACCAACACAUCAAACUGUCAACAAAUCUGCAACAACACAAUCGGAAGCUUUGUGUGCGGUUGCAAUCCAGGUUUCAGCAUCAAUGUCAACAAUACAUCACUUUGUGAUGACAUCGAUGAAUGUGCAACCAACACAUCAAACUGUCAGCAAACCUGCAACAACACAAUCGGAAGCUUUGUGUGUGAUUGUAAUCCAGGCUUCAGCAUCAACAUCACUAAUACUUCUCUUUGUGAUGACAUCGAUGAAUGUGCAACCAACACAUCAAACUGUCAACAAAUCUGCAACAACACAAUCGGAAGCUUUGUGUGCGGUUGCAAUCCAGGUUUCAGCAUCAAUGUCAACAAUACUUCACUUUGUGAUGACAUCGACGAAUGUGCAACCAACACAUCAAGCUGUCAACAAAUCUGCAACAACACAAUCGGAAGCUUUGUGUGCGGUUGCAAUCCAGGUUUCAGCAUCAAUGUCAACAAUACUUCACUUUGUGAUGACAUCGAUGAAUGUGCAACCAACACAUCAAACUGUCAGCAAAUUUGCAACAACACAAUUGGAAGCUUUGUGUGUGAUUGUAAUCCAGGCUUCAGCAUCAACAUCACUAAUACUUCUCUUUGUGAUGACAUUGACAAAUGUGCAACCAACACAUCAAGCUGUCAACAAAUCUGCAACAACACAAUCGGAAGCUUUGUGUGCGGUUGCAAUCCAGGUUUCAGCAUCAAUGUCAACAAUACUUCACUUUGUGAUGACAUCGACGAAUGUGCAACCAACACAUCAAGCUGUCAACAAAUCUGCAACAACACAGUCGGAAGCUUUGUGUGCGGUUGCAAUCCAGGUUUCAGCAUCAAUGUCAACAAUACUUCACUUUGUGAUGACAUCGAUGAAUGUGCAACCAACACAUCAAACUGUCAGCAAAUUUGCAACAACACAAUUGGAAGCUUUGUGUGUGAUUGUAAUCCAGGCUUCAGCAUCAACAUCACUAAUACUUCUCUUUGUGAUGACAUUGACGAAUGUGCAACCUACACAUCAAGCUGUCAACAAAUCUGCAACAACACAAUCGGAAGCUUUGUGUGCGGUUGCAAUCCAGGUUUCAGCAUCAAUGUCAACAAUACUUCACUUUGUGAUGACAUCGACGAAUGUGCAACCAACACAUCAAGCUGUCAACAAAUCUGUAACAACACAAUCGGAAGCUUUGUGUGCGGUUGCAAUCCAGGUUUCAGCAUCAAUGUCAACAAUACUUCACUUUGUGAUGACAUCGAUGAAUGUGCAACCAACACAUCAAACUGUCAGCAAAUUUGCAACAACACAAUUGGAAGCUUUGUGUGUGAUUGUAAUCCAGGCUUCAGCAUCAACAUCACUAAUACUUCUCUUUGUGAUGACAUUGACGAAUGUGCAACCUACACAUCAAGCUGUCAACAAAUCUGCAACAACACAAUCGGAAGCUUUGUGUGCGGUUGCAAUCCAGGUUUCAGCAUCAAUGUCAACAAUACUUCACUUUGUGAUGACAUCGACGAAUGUGCAACCAACACAUCAAGCUGUCAACAAAUCUGCAACAACACAAUCGGAAGCUUUGUGUGCGGUUGCAAUCCAGGUUUCAGCAUCAAUGUCAACAAUACUUCACUUUGUGAUGACAUUGAUGAAUGUGCAACCAACACAUCAAACUGUCAGCAAACCUGCAACAACACAAUCGGAAGCUUUGUGUGUGAUUGUAAUCCAGGCUUCAGCAUCAACAUCACUAAUACUUCUCUUUGUGAUGACUUCGAUGAAUGUGCAACCAACACAUCAAACUGUCAACAAAUCUGCAACAACACAAUCGGAAGCUUUGUGUGCGGUUGCAAUCCAGGUUUCAGCAUCAAUGUCAACAAUACAUCACUUUGUGAUGACAUCGAUGAAUGUGCAACCAACACAUCAAACUGUCAACAAAUCUGCAACAACACAAUCGGAAGCUUUGUGUGCGGUUGUAAUCAAGGUUUCAGCAUCAAAUUCAACAAUACUUCACUUUGUGAUGACAUCGAUGAAUGUGCAACCAACACAUCAAACUGUCAGCAAACCUGCAACAACACAAUCGGAAGCUUUGUAUGUGAUUGUAAUCCAGGCUUCAGCAUCAACAUCACUAAUACUUCUCUUUGUGAUGACAUUGACGAAUGUGCAACCAACACAUCAAGCUGUCAACAAAUCUGCAACAACACAAUCGGAAGCUUUGUGUGCGGUUGCAAUGCAGGUUUCAGCAUCAAUGUCAACAAUACUUCACUUUGUGAUGACAUCGACGAAUGUGCAACCAACACAUCAAGCUGUCAACAAAUCUGCAACAACACAAUCGGAAGCUUUGUGUGCGGUUGCAAUCCAGGUUUCAGCAUCAAUGUCAACAAUACUUCACUUUGUGAUGACAUCGAUGAAUGUGCAACCAACACAUCAAACUGUCAGCAAACCUGCAACAACACAAUCGGAAGCUUCGUAUGUGAUUGUAAUCCAGGCUUCAGCAUCAACAUCACUAAUACUUCUCUUUGUGAUGACAUUGACGAAUGUGCAACCAACACAUCAAGCUGUCUACAAAUCUGCAACAACACAAUCGGAAGCUUUGUGUGCGGUUGCAAUCCAGGUUUCAGCAUCAAUGUCAACAAUACUUCACUUUGUGAUGACAUCGACGAAUGUGCAACCAACACAUCAAGCUGUCAACAAAUCUGCAACAACACAAUCGGAAGCUUUGUGUGCGGUUGCAAUCCAGGUUUCAGCAUCAAUGUCAACAAUACUUCACUUUGUGAUGACAUCGAUGAAUGUGCAACCAACACAUCAAACUGUCAGCAAACCUGCAACAACACAAGCGGAAGCUUUGUAUGUGAUUGUAAUCCAGGCUUCAGCAUCAACAUCACUAAUACUUCUCUUUGUGAUGACAUCGAUGAAUGUGCAACCAACACAUCAAACUGUCAGCAAACCUGCAACAACACAAUCGGAAGCUUUGUGUGUGAUUGUAAUCCAGGCUUCAGCAUCAACAUCACUAAUACUUCUCUUUGUGAUGACAUUGACGAAUGUGCAACCAACACAUCAAGCUGUCAACAAAUCUGCAACAACACAAUCGGAAGCUUUGUGUGCGUUUGCAAUCCAGGUUUCAGCAUCAAUGUCAACAAUACUUCACUUUGUGAUGACAUUGACGAAUGUGCAACCAACACAUCAAACUGCCAACAAAUCUGCAACAACACAAUCGGAAGCUUCGUGUGUGAUUGUAAUCCAGGCUUCAGCAUCAAUUUCAACAAUACUUCUCUUUGUGAUGACAUCGAUGAAUGUGCAACCAACACAUCAAACUGUCAGCAAACCUGCAACAACACAAUCGGAAGCUUUGUGUGUGAUUGUAAUCCAGGCUUCAGCAUCAACAUCACUAAUACUUCUCUUUGUGAUGACAUUGACGAAUGUGCAACCAACACAUCAAGCUGUCAACAAAUCUGCAACAACACAAUCGGAAGCUUUGUGUGCGUUUGCAAUCCAGGUUUCAGCAUCAAUGUCAACAAUACUUCACUUUGUGAUGACAUUGACGAAUGUGCAACCAACACAUCAAACUGCCAACAAAUCUGCAACAACACAAUCGGAAGCUUCGUGUGUGAUUGUAAUCCAGGCUUCAGCAUCAAUUUCAACAAUACUUCUCUUUGUGAUGACAUCGAUGAAUGUGCAACCAACACAUCAAACUGUCAGCAAACCUGCAACAACACAAUCGGAAGCUUUGUGUGUGAUUGUAAUCCAGGCUUCAGCAUCAACAUCACUAAUACUUCUCUUUGUGAUGACAUUGACGAAUGUGCAACCAACACAUCAAACUGCCAACAAAUCUGCAACAACACAAUCGGAAGCUUCGUGUGUGAUUGUAAUCCAGGCUUCAGCAUCAAUUUCAACAAUACUUCUCUUUGUGAUGACAUCGAUGAAUGUGCAACCAACACAUCAAACUGUCAGCAAACCUGCAACAACACAAUCGGAAGCUUUGUGUGUGAUUGUAAUCCAGGCUUCAGCAUCAACAUCACUAAUACUUCUCUUUGUGAGGACAUUGACGAAUGUGCAACCAACACAUCAAACUGUCAACAAAUCUGCAACAACACAAUCGGAAGCUUUGUGUGCGGUUGCAAUGCAGGUUUCAGCAUCAAUGUCAACAAUACUUCACUUUGUGAUGACAUCGAUGAAUGUGCAACCAACACAUCAAACUGUCAACAAAUCUGCAACAACACAAUCGGAAGCUUUGUGUGCGGUUGCAAUCCAGGUUUCAGCAUCAAUGUCAACAAUACUUCACUUUGUGAUGACAUCGAUGAAUGUGCAACCAACACAUCAAACUGUCAACAAACCUGCAACAACACAAUCGGAAGCUUUGUGUGUGAUUGUAAUCCAGGCUUCAGCAUCAAUGUCAACAAUACUUCACUAUGUGAUGACAUCGAUGAAUGUGCAACCAACACAUCAAACUGUCAGCAAACCUGCAACAACACAAUCGGAAGCUUUGUGUGUGAUUGUAAUCCAGGCUUCAACAUCAACAUCACUAAUACUUCUCUUUGUGAUGACAUUGACGAAUGUGCAACCAACACAUCAAACUGUCAACAAAUCUGCAACAACACAAUCGGAAGCUUUGUGUGCGGUUGCAAUCCUGGCUUCAGCAUCAAUGUCAACAAUACUUCACUUUGUGAUGACAUCGAUGAAUGUGCAACCAACACAUCAAACUGUCAGCAAACCUGCAACAACACAAUCGGAAGCUUUGUGUGUGAUUGUAAUCCAGGCUUCAGCAUCAACAUCACUAAUACUUCUCUUUGUGAUGACAUCGAUGAAUGUGCAACCAACACAUCAAGCUGUCAACAAAUCUGCAACAACACAAUCGGAAGCUUUGUGUGCAGUUGCAAUCCAGGUUUCAGCAUCAAUGUCAACAAUACUUCACUUUGUGAUGACAUCGAUGAAUGUGCAACCAACACAUCAAACUGUCAACAAAUCUGCAACAACACAAUCGGAAGCUUUGUGUGCGGUUGUAAUCCAGGCUUCAGCAUCAAUGUCAACAAUACUUCACUUUGUGAUGACAUCGAUGAAUGUGCAACCAACACAUCAAACUGUCAACAAAUCUGCAACAACACAAUCGGAAGCUUUGUGUGCGGUUGCAAUCCAGGUUUCAGCAUCAAUGUCAACAAUACUUCACUUUGUGAUGACAUCGAUGAAUGUGCAACCAACACAUCAAACUGUCAACAAACCUGCAACAACACAAUCGGAAGCUUUGUGUGUGAUUGUAAUCCAGGCUUCAGCAUCAAUGUCAACAAUACUUCACUAUGUGAUGACAUCGAUGAAUGUGCAACCAACACAUCAAACUGUCAGCAAACCUGCAACAACACAAUCGGAAGCUUUGUGUGUGAUUGUAAUCCAGGCUUCAACAUCAACAUCACUAAUACUUCUCUUUGUGAUGACAUUGACGAAUGUGCAACCAACACAUCAAACUGUCAACAAAUCUGCAACAACACAAUCGGAAGCUUUGUGUGCGGUUGCAAUCCUGGCUUCAGCAUCAAUGUCAACAAUACUUCACUUUGUGAUGACAUCGAUGAAUGUGCAACCAACACAUCAAACUGUCAACAAACCUGCAACAACACAAUCGGAAGCUUUGUGUGUGAUUGUAAUCCAGGCUUCAGCAUCAAUGUCAACAAUACUUCACUAUGUGAUGACAUCGAUGAAUGUGCAACCAACACAUCAAACUGUCAACAAAUCUGCAACAACACAAUCGGAAGCUUUGUGUGCGGUUGUAAUCCAGGCUUCAGCAUCAAUGUCAACAAUACUUCACUUUGUGAUGACAUUGACGAAUGUGCAACCAACACAUCAAACUGUCAACAAAUCUGCAACAACACAAUCGGAAGCUUUGUGUGCGGUUGCAAUCCUGGCUUCAGCAUCAAUGUCAACAAUACUUCACUUUGUGAUGACAUCGAUGAAUGUGCAACCAACACAUCAAACUGUCAACAAAUCUGCAACAACACAAUCGGAAGCUUUGUGUGCGGUUGUAAUCCAGGUUUCAGCAUCAAUGUCAACAAUACUUCACUUUGUGAUGACAUCGAUGAAUGUGCAACCAACACAUCAAGCUGUCAACAAAUCUGCAACAACACAAUCGGAAGCUUUGUGUGCAGUUGCAAUCCAGGUUUCAGCAUCAAUGUCAACAAUACUUCACUUUGUGAUGACAUCGAUGAAUGUGCAACCAACACAUCAAACUGUCAACAAAUCUGCAACAACACAAUCGGAAGCUUUGUGUGCGGUUGUAAUCCAGGCUUCAGCAUCAAUGUCAACAAUACUUCACUUUGUGAUGACAUUGACGAAUGUGCAACCAACACAUCAAACUGCCAACAAAUCUGCAACAACACAAUCGGAAGCUUCGUGUGUGAUUGUAAUCCAGGCUUCAGCAUCAAUUUCAACAAUACUUCUCUUUGUGAUGACAUCGAUGAAUGUGCAACCAACACAUCAAACUGUCAGCAAACCUGCAACAACACAAUCGGAAGCUUUGUGUGCGGUUGCAAUCCAGGCUUCAGCAUCAACAUCACUAAUACUUCUCUUUGUGAUGACAUUGACGAAUGUGCAACCAACACAUCAAGCUGUCAACAAAUCUGCAACAACACAAUCGGAAGCUUUGUGUGCGGUUGCAAUCCAGGUUUCAGCAUCAAUGUCAACAAUACUUCACUUUGUGAUGGUGGGUUGUGUUGCAAAUGUAUUUUUUUUAUCAGAUUUCCUAUAUGGUAUUUAA